AUGUACUAUGGAAGCUGGCCCCGGCAAGACGUUAUCCCACCUGAGAUCAUGGGAGAGGGGGGGUAUCUUCCUACCAGACAGCCUUUUAUAGAACAGCUCCGCUUUGGGUUCCGUGAAUAUUGCAAUUUACAACACCCUCAACUAUUUACCGGGUUAAAACGCCUGGCAAUACUUAAUGUGGAAGAAUCCACGUUUAUUAAUCAUGAAUCCGAAGUAAAGAAUAUCCGGGACUGCGUGAACCUCAACUGCGGUCAACUGGAGUAUCUUGAAAUCAGCUGCAUAUACUGGCAGCUCUUGGGCGAAGAACAUGAUAUCGAUGACGAGCAUUUCACGGAGGCGCUGCUAAAGCCGUGUCGAAAUGAUCAGCUCCGGUUCCCGAAUAUACAGCAUCUCGUACUCGAAGGAUAUACAUUCAACAAUGGCCGAGUUAGCUUACUCGAGGAUUUGAAUCCAGAGGUGCUGCACACCCUGUCUUUAAGAUCCUGUUUCUUCUGGGAAGAUUUCCUGCACUUACUUAGCUCUGAGAGACGACCUUUGCAUCUACGAACGUUGGAGGUGCAGGCAUAUUCCGGAUGUUUACCUGGAGCUGGGUACUUGCCGACGGAUGAGUGCCAUGAUCUAGCAAGUUUUAUCGAGGAAUGCGAAGCACUCGAAAACAUAUUCGUUGCGAUAGAACAGGCAUUUGGUCUUGAGCGACUCUGGAGGUCGCUCCUUCGGCACCGAAAGACACUCAAGUCAUUUGUUUUCUACUCUCUUCCCGGCACAACUAAUGGUCUAGAUGUUGCUCCAACACCGUACUGUGUCCCGAAUCUUUCAUUUGACCCGCCGUACCACAACGAGAUAGAACCCGAGAGGUUGACUUUGAAGCAUCUGGAUUUGGAGCUACUCGGGGUCGGCUAUGAGCCGAAAUACCUGGUGUGUUUUGACGUUGAUUCAAUGGUAUGGGAAGAUACUAAUAUGUCGGUGUUGUUAGAUACCAGCUCUCUCUCCGCUAACUACUAUGGGCAGCCUGAAAGUGUUGCUUAUUCGAGGCUUCUAUAUACCUCAUCCCGCCUUCCAGAAAUUAGAACGCAUAGGGAGGCUUUCUAA